ACACAGGCGAAUAUUCAUGCACAUUGGCGGUUGGCGAUGGCUACCGAGUACGAGGCCCUCACCCAGCAAAGCACAUGGUCCCUUGUUCCUCCUCCUCACAACUAGCCGAUUAUCGGAUGCAAAUGGACAUUCAAAAUCAAACGUGACUCGUCCGAAAAAGUAUCACAAUACAAGGCCCGCCUCGUUGCUCUUGGAUGUGCUCAAGAACUCGGUAUCAAUUACACAGACACGUUUAGUCCCGUCGCAAAAAUGACUACGAUCCGAGUCUUGAUCACCUUAGCUCUACACAACAACUGGUCCAUUCUUCAAUUAGAUGUAUCCAACGCCUUUUUACAUGGGGAUCUUCAAGAAGACGUUUAUAUGAAACAACCCCAAGGAUUCAAGGACCCCAUUCAUCCGAACUUUGUAUGCAAGCUCAACAAAUCUAUCUAUGGCCUGAAACAAUCCCCGCGGCAAUGGUUCAGCAAAAUUACUAGCUCGUUGCGCGCAUUCGGCUUCACCUUCAGCAAAGCCGACCCCUCUCUCCUCAUUUAUACGAAAGAUCGGACAUCCAUAUUUGUAUUGAUCUACGUCGAUGACAUCUUAGUCACGGGCAAUGAUAAGUCUACAAUUACCUUACUUUUAAAACAGUUACAUUCUAGUUUUAAACUCAAACAACUUGGUGAUAUUUCCCUUUUUUUAGGAAUACAGGUAGACAAAACUCCUACGGGAUACUUUUUGCAUCAACAGCACUAUGCCAAACAGCUUCUCCACACAGCCGGGUUCAACAACAGCAAAGCCGCUCUUACACCGAUGUCUCUCAAGCAAUCCACUGCGAUCCACACCCAGGCAAGUUUUUCCGAUCCUAAGCUAUACCGAAAACUUGCAGGUUCCCUUCAAUAUCUUUCUAUUACUCGUCCCGACAUCGCAUUCACUACUAAUUACAUAUGUCAACAUAUGCAUGAUCCAUCGGUUGCCGAUUUUCAAACUCUCAAACGCCUGUUAAGGUACAUUCAAGGAACCGUUGCUCUUGGCAUUCCAAUUGAUCGUGGAGAUCUGCAGCUUCGCGCCUUUGCCGAUGCCGACUGGGCCGCGGAUCACACAGACAGGCGGUCUAUCACCGGGUUCUGCACUUUUUUGGGCAGCACGAUCAUUUCAUGGUCAGCAAAAAAACAAGUGACGGUUGCCAAAUCUUCAACUGAAGCUGAGUAUCGGGACAUCUCUUCGGUCACCUCUGAAGUUAUCUGGCUUCGUCGAUUGUUGGCCGAACUUCACAUUCCUCAGACUGAACCUACUACGCUAUAUUGUGAUAACACAUCUGCUAUCGCUCUCGCUAACAAUCCGGUUUUUCACGCCCGGACAAAGCAUAUUGAGCUCGACUACCACUUCAUUAGCGAUCACAUCAAAGCCGACGCGAUCAAGAUUCUCCACAUGAGCUCCGCGGAGCAACCAGCCGACAUUCUUACAAAACCUCUACCUAAGGACCGAUUUCUGUUUUUACGCAGCAAACUAAACAUCCGCUACCCAGAUGUUUAGUUUGAGGGGGCAUGUUAGCCUAUGUAUACAUUACAGCUGGUCCCCAUCUUUGGUUCUAUUCCUAAGUGCUGUAAAGUCUAUGGUGUACGGUCUAGCUUUGUAGUUUAUAUAUACCUCUGCUUAGUCUUGUAAUACGACAGAUAAUUCAAUACAAUUACA